CCCGGAGCUGCGGGUGGGUCUGGAUUCAGUGGUAUCAGAGCCUGGGGGUCUCUCUCUCUGCGGUGAGUGAUGCCAGGAUGUGCCAGUCUCUGCCGUGGGCAAUGCCAGGACUCGUGGGUCUCAGAGGCCUGCGACCGAGACCAGCAGUGCGGGGGCGGGAUGUGCUGCGCCGUCAGCCUCUGGAUCCGCAGCCUGAGGAUGUGCACCCCCAUGGGAAACCUGGGAGACGAGUGCCACCCCUUGAGUCACAGAGUGCCCUUCUCCGGGCGGCGGAUGCACCACACCUGCCCGUGCCUGCCGGGCCUGGCCUGCCUAAGGACUCCUCACAGCAGGUUCAGGUGUUUACCAGACUUCAGGAAAGAAGACGUCUUUUUUUAGCAGGAACUGUUCUGCACUAGAAAGAGCCGCUCAGUAUUUUCGUUCCCUCGUUGUUGUGACAAAAAGAAAGGGUUGCUUGCCAGGGGAAACCCUUCCCCACACUUCCCUGCC